UGGUGGAUCGCGGAGACUGCCGUGCUGUCCACAAAAAGUGGAACAAUGUUGGAUAGUGAAUGCCGUGUCCCCCUCUUCCCCCCUCCCUCUCCCCUCUCCCUGCUAGCUGUCAUUGGUCUUCUUGAUUCUGUCGUUAGAUAUGGCCCAAUAUCUUAUCGCAUGCACGCAAUAUGGCGUUCAACAAUACUAUCACAUGGUCCCUAUCAUGAUUCGAGAUUCCAUUUCCAUCAGAGCAUACGUCUGUCCCUCGUGGAUCCCGCUUGGGAAGAUGUAUAUAAGGUGGGAAUGCCUGUGUCACUAGCUGUUCCCCCCUUCUGUCUGUUCCUUUCAGCACAAAGAAAAAAAGAACAAGGGAGAGCCUUGACUGUACCCAGUAUCACACAGAAUGUCAACCAGCGCCCCUGAGAAGGUCUCGGUGGAAGUAGUGCCACAGCCCGUGGAUGAUGAGAAACAUGGCUAUGUAGUCGGUUCCGUAUUGGGAGUCGUCGAGGACGAAAAAUACCCGGUGCCCACGGAGGAGGAAAGCCAGACGCUCCGCAAGAUCGCAGCAAAUCCGCCCAUGAUUAUUUUCGCUCUGUGUUUGGUCGAACUGGCGGAACGGGCCUCGUACUAUGGUGCAUCCACGGUCUAUUCCAACUUCAUCGAAUUUCCCCUGCCUGCCGGCGGCAGCGGAACGGGCGCCCCCCCGCGAGGGACCCAAGAGACUGCCGGUGCGCUGGGCAUGGGCCUCCAAGCGAGCGACGCUCUGGUGCUGCUCUUCACGUUCCUGGCCUACCUCGUCCCCAUCUUCGGAGGCUGGUGGGCCGACGUCCACAUCGGAAAAUACAUGGCGAUCAUCAUCGGGGUGCUCAUCUGUGGUGUCGCUCAUAUCAUCCAGAUCAUCGGAGCGAUUCCCUCAGUAUUGGAAAAAGGAAAGUCCAACUCCUUUCCACCGUUUCUCAUCGGCUUGCUGCUUCUGGCUUUUGGAGCCGGCGUGUUCAAGCCGAACGUGGCACCGGUCAUUCUCGAGCAGCUCCCCAGCCAGAAGCCGUACACGAAGACUCUGAAAUCGGGUGAAAAGGUUAUCGUCGACCCAGAGCGCACCAUCACCAGGACCAUGCUGCUCUUCUAUGGCUUCAUCAACAUCGGAGCCUUUUAUAUGCUUGUCACGACCAUUGCCGAGAAAUAUGUCGGGUAUUGGUGUGCAUAUCUGCUUGCCGGAUGCAUCUAUUUCAUCCUCCCCAUCGUGCUUGCUCUCAUAUAUAAAAAAACAAAGAGGUCUCCCCCUAGUGGCAGCUCUGAGCUGGGGAAAGCGUUGAAUAUCAUCGGUCGGGCCCUUCGGGAAAGCAAAUUCCAGAUUUGGCGCAAGGAUUUCUGGGAUGCGGCCAAGCCAAGUGUACUUGCUAGGAGGGGAGUGACGGUUGACUGGUCUGAUCAGUUGGUAGAUGAUGUACGCCGAACCUUGGUCGCCACCGAGAUUUUCUGUUACUUCCCCAUCUGGUCGGUGAACGACGGUGGCAUUGGGUCCGUCGCGAGUAACCAGGGUGCCUCGAUGACGACCAACGGCGCUCCAAAUGACCUGCUCAGCAACUUGAAUGCGUUAGCCAUCAUCAUUGCCAUCCCCAUCCUGAGCCACGUCAUCUACCCCUUCUUGAACCGCCACAACAUGAUGCCCGGCCGCAUUACCCGCAUCACCUUCGGCUUCGUUCUCGCCGCAAUUUCCGGUGUGUGUGGUGCAGUCGUGCAGUACCUGGUGUACAAAAGUUCGCCGUGCGGAUACUACGCCUCCACCUGCACCGUCGGCGUCAGUCCCAUCAGUAUCUGGUGGCAGGUCCCCAUGUACGUUCUGGGUGCCUGGUCUGAGUGCUUCGCCAACGUCACCGCAUACGAGCUGGCUUAUUCCCGCGCUCCCAAAAGCAUGAGAGGUCUCGUCAUGGCUCUCUUCCUUUUCAACACCGCCCUGGCCAGCGCGUUGGGCGAAGUCCUCGUCCCUGUCACCGAGGACCCGUACCUGAUCUGGAUCUGGGCGGGCCCGGCAAUCGCCCUGGCCGUACAGACCGUCGUGUUCUGGUUCCGCUUCAAGAGCCUCAACGAUGAUAAGUAUAUGACUGAUGACUCUUCCAUCCAGGAACGCGAAGAAAGCGAUGAUGUGGAGAUGUCUGCUAGCGAGACUGUGUCCGUGGGGGCCAAAAACUGACUGUUUUGUCUGAGGGAUAGUACCUAGAUCUACACGCAGAUUAGUAGCUCGCCACUGAAUGCAUCAUGUCAGUAUGAAACAAGCUUCUCAUCAUGGCCUCAUAGGCAGAUGGAACGAUGGGCGAUUGAUUCUGUAUGGCAGGGAGCUGUAACAGUAAACGUUGAAUGAUAUCGCUGCUGCC